GUGGACACCAACAGAAUCGUCCACAUCCACUCUGUGAUCAUCCUGCGGCGCUCUGACAAGAGGAAGGACCGUGUGGAGAUCUCACCGGAGCAGCUCUCAGCUGCUUCCACUGAAGCAGAGAGGCUGGCAGAGAUGACAGGACGGCCCAUGAGGGUGGUGGGCUGGUACCACUCCCACCCCCACAUCACUGUGUGGCCCUCACACGUGGAUGUCCGCACACAGGCCAUGUAUCAGAUGAUGGACCAAGGCUUUGUGGGGCUCAUCUUUUCCUGCUUCAUUGAGGACAAGAACACCAAGACAGGUAGAAUUCUCUACACCUGUUUUCAGUCUGUUCAGGCCCAGAAGAGCUCAGAAUAUGACAGGAUUGAAAUUCCCAUUCAUGUUGUGCCCCAUGAAACCAUUGGGAAGGUGUGUCUGGAGUCAGCUGUGGAGCUGCCCAAGAUCCUUUGCCAAGAAGAGCAGGAUGCCUACAGGAGAAUUCACAGUCUCACCCAUCUCGACUCUGUAACCAAGAUCCAUAAUGGCUCAGUGUUCACAAAGAACCUGUGCAGCCAAAUGUCUGCCAUCAGUGGGCCCCUGCUGCAGUGGCUGGAGGACAGGCUGGAGCAGAACAAACAGCGCGUGCAGGAGCUGCAGCAGGAGAAGGAGCAGCUGCUGGAGGAACUCGCUGCUUUGGAGUGAGGAGGAAGUGCAGACCCUUCAGGAAAGUGAUGUGAUAAAAUCUUCAACAACUACUCCAGGCUGAAGGGUGGCCCUGCAUUGCCUCAGUGGAGGUACUGGCUGUGCCUCUCCUCUUGCAGCAAAGAGCAGAGCUCCAGGAUCAGGACUUUACCUGCCCCAGCCUGGUGCAAAGCACUGCUGUGUCUGCAGUUGCUGCACUUCUGGCUCAGUGGUGGGGCUGGGCAGCACCUGAAUGCUCCUGUUCUGGAGAGCACACACUAGGGAACCUGUUGUUUCUCCCUCUAUGUUUUGACAGAAGUCCUAUUGCUUUACAUGUAUUCCAGGAGCCUGGAACAGGAGGGUUAGAGGGGAAAAGUGUCUCUGCUGUCAUAUAUGAUGCUGCCAACUUCUGCCUUCUCUUAGUAGCUUCAGUUGACCAUGAUCUUAUAUCUGAUAAGGUUCUGGAUCACUGGUCAUUCAUCCAGGCAGGUAAGAGGUGGGAAGGAAGCUUGGGAACAGACCUGGAAGAUCUUUGACAUAGGAUCUGUGUUGAGCAUAUGUCAAACCAAAUAAACAAUUCCAAAGCUAGAGCUGUUGGGAAUAAAAAUGAAAUGAAUGCUAUCCA